UAGACAUUGGAGUUUACAGCAGCUGUUCUCUCAGGGUUUUCCUCCUCUGAGUCUUUUGUCGAUAUAUAUCCUCCCUGCCUGCCACACAGCCUGCAGAGAAAGUCCUCAGGUUGCUUUUUUACCUGUUUGGGUGGGCAUGGAUCCACUGCGGAAGGAUAAUCCGUCGGCUUCAGCUAAUCUUCUCUCCAAGAUUUUCUUCUGUUGGCUGAAUCCCUUGUUAAGAAUCGGGUACCAGAGGAAGUUGGAGAAAGAUGACAUGUAUGAAGUUCUCCCAGAGGACUCAUCAGAUAGACUUGGCGAGGAGCUACAAGGGUACUGGGACAGAGAGGUUCAACAGGCGGCAAAGGAUCUGCGCCCACCCAGACUUGCCAAAGUUCUUGUUCAGUGCUACUGGAGAUCUUACGCACUCAUUGGAAUAUACAUCUUUAUAGAGGAAGUUAUCAAAGUCAUUCAACCGUUUCUACUUGGGAAAAUAAUUGAGUACUUUGAGAGAUAUGACCCCGACAACACAGCUGCAGUCUAUGAGGCCUACAGCUAUGCUGCAGGCAUCUCCUUCUCAACCAUCGGCCUGGCCACCCUUAAUCAUCUCUAUUUCUAUCACGUCCAACGAGCAGGCAUGAAGAUUCGUGUGGCCAUGUGCCACAUGAUCUAUCGGAAGGCUCUUUGUCUUAACAGCAAAGCAUUUGCCAAAACUACCACAGGACAAAUUGUCAACCUCGUAUCCAAUGACGUCAACAAAUUUGAUGAGGUAACCUUAUAUUUGCACUUUUUGUGGAUUGGUCCUCUACAAGCAGCAACUGUGAUACUAUUGUUGAUGUAUGCGAUUGGCCCAUCGUGCCUUGCGGGAAUGACUGUCUUCGUCAUCCUGUUGCCAGUACAGACUAUGUUCGGACGCUUGUUCUCUAGUCUCAGGGCUGAGACAGCAGUCUUAACAGAUGAAAGAAUACGCACAAUGAAUGAAGUCAUCUCUGGGAUCCGCGUCAUAAAGAUGUAUGGGUGGGAGAAGCCUUUUGCUGCACUGGUGAAUGAAGUCAGAAGAAUGGAAAUCUCCAAGAUCAUGAAAAGCUCCUACCUGCGUGGCCUGAACAUGGCAUCUUUCUUUGUGGCCAGCAAGAUCAUCGUCUUCAUCACCGUCUGCGUCUACGUGCUGACAGGAAACCAGUUGUCUGCCAGCAGAGUGUUUAUGGCCGUUUCCCUCUACGGUGCAGUCACACUCACCAUCACACUCUUCUUUCCCUUUGCCAUAGAGAAGGUCUCCGAGUCUCUCGUCAGCAUUAGAAGAAUUCAAAAUUUUCUUCUGCUGGAUGAAGUUGCUCCUCAGCACCUGGGGCAUCCUGUGGCAGAGAAGAAGGACUGCAUGGUGAAAAUUCAGGAUUUAAUAUGCUACUGGGAUAAGAUGCUUGAGGCUCCAACUUUACAGAACAUAUCUUUCACAGUGAAGCCAGAGCAGCUCCUGGCAGUAAUUGGUCCUGUUGGGGCUGGAAAGUCCUCGCUCCUCAGUGCCAUCCUGGGAGAACUGAGUCAGGAAAGUGGUGUGGUCAAGGUCAAAGGAGAGCUGACAUACACUUCUCAGCAGCCCUGGAUUUUAUCUGGUACGAUUCGAAGCAACAUCCUUUUUGGCAAAGAGCUCAACCCCAAGAAGUAUGAUAGAGUUCUGAGAGCCUGCGCCCUCAAGAGAGACUUGGACCUUUUGCCAGGUGGUGACUUGGCAAUGGUCGGGGACAGAGGGGCCAACCUCAGUGGAGGACAGAAGGCAAGGGUCAGCUUAGCAAGAGCAGUGUAUCAAGAUGCAGAUAUCUACUUGCUGGAUGACCCUCUCAGUGCUGUGGAUGCUGAGGUGGGACGGCACCUCUUUGAAGAGUGCAUUUGUGGAUUUUUGAGGAAGAAGCCUCGUAUCCUGGUUACUCAUCAACUACAGUAUCUGAAGGCUGCAGAUCAAAUUGUUGUCUUAAAGCAGGGUCAGAUGGUGGCGCGGGGGACCUACAGUGAGUUGCAGGGCUCUGGACUAGACUUCACCUCCCUGCUAAAGGAGGAGGAGGACCAGGAGGAGGACAGGCAGGGCGCAACCCCCAUCCCUGGGACUGUCUCCCGCUUAUCCCAGAGGCUCUCUGACAACUCAAUGUCCUCUAUGUCCUCCCUCUCCUCCUCUCUGUACUCCUUGAUUGAUGGAGCAGAGCCACUUGCAAUGGUAGUGCAACCAACGGAGGAGGAAAGCCGCUCAGAAGGAAACGUCGGCCUGCGUAUGUAUGUGAAGUAUUUCAGGGCAGGCGCUAACUUCCUGGUCCUCUUCAUCCUCAUUUUACUCAAUGCCCUAGCACAUAUUACAUUUGUUCUACAGGACUGGUGGCUCGCUUGCUGGGCCUCUGAACAGAAGCACAUCAAUGUGACAGAGCACCUCAAUGGCAGCUUCCCUCGGCAGCUGGACCUUGACCUGUACCUAGGUGUUUACGCAGGUUUAACAGCCACUUCAGUAGUGUUUGGCUUCCUCCGCAGCUUGGUCUUCUUUAAUGUCCUGGUGAGCUCGGCCCAAACCCUACAUAGCAGCAUGUUUAAUGCCAUCCUCCGGACCCCACUACACUUUUUUGAUAUCAAUCCAAUCGGAAGAAUCCUCAACAGGUUUUCGAAGGACAUCGGUUACCUGGACUCCCUGCUCCCAUGGACGUUUGUGGACUUUAUCCAGGUAUUUCUCCAAGUCGUAGGAGUGAUUGCAGUAGCUGCCGUCAUCAUCCCCUGGAUCCUUAUUCCCGUCGCUCCCCUACUUGCCAUCUUCCUGUUUCUGCGAUGCUACUUCCUGCAAACCUCCAGAGACAUCAAGCGCCUAGAGUCUACCACUCGGAGUCCUGUAUUCUCCCACCUCACUUCCUCUCUCCAAGGCCUGAGCACUAUCCGUGCCUUCAGAGUUCAGCAGAGUUUUCAGCAAAUGUUUGAUGAAUAUCAAGAUAUUCACUCAGAGGCCUGGUUCUUAUUCCUGACUACUUCUCGCUGGUUUGCUGCGCGUCUUGAUGGAAUUUGCUUAAUUUUUGUCACCAUCACUGCUUUUGGCUGCCUUUACCUCAGGGAUGGACUGGAGCCGGGGGGAGUGGGUCUGGCUUUAUCUUAUGCAGUGACUCUUACAGGCAUGUUCCAGUGGGGCGUCAGACAGAGUGCAGAGAUCGAGAACAUGAUGACAUCGGUGGAAAGAGUGGUUGAGUAUGCAGAGCUGGAGAGUGAAGCACCCUGGGAGACGGACAAACAGCCUCCGCAUGAUUGGCCCAAGGCAGGGUCCAUCACCUUUGACAGAGUCAACUUCUCCUACAGUGCCAGUGAGCGUUUGGUCCUAAAGAACCUGACUGUCGUCUUCACAUCCAGAGAAAAGGUUGGCAUCGUUGGACGCACUGGUGCUGGUAAAAGCUCCCUGGUCGCUGCCUUGUUCCGGCUGGCAGAACCUGAGGGACGAAUAACGAUUGAUGGUUUUCUGACUUCUGAGAUUGGUCUGCACACCCUGCGCCAGAAAAUGUCCAUCAUCCCACAGGACCCAGUUCUCUUCACGGGCACCAUGAGGAAGAAUCUGGACCCUUUCAGGCAGCACACAGAUGAGGACCUGUGGAAUGCACUCCAAGAGGUGCAGAUGAAGGCCGUGGUGGAGGACCUGCCCAAUAAGCUGGAGACGGUGCUGACUGAGUCCGGCUCCAACUUCAGCGUGGGCCAGAGGCAACUGGUGUGUCUGGCCAGGGCCAUCCUCCGGAAAAACCGCAUCCUCAUCAUUGAUGAGGCCACAGCCAAUGUGGACCCAAGAACUGACAGCCUCAUCCAGCAGACUAUCCGGGACAAGUUUCAAGAGUGUACCGUCCUCACCAUCGCUCACAGGCUCAACACUAUCAUUGACUGUGACAGAAUACUGGUUCUGGAUGCCGGCAGGAUCCGGGAGUAUGACGAGCCAUAUGUGCUGCUCCAGAACCAGGAAGGGCUCUUUCACCAGAUGGUCCAACAGACAGGCAGAGCCGAGGCCGCCUCACUGCUGCACGCAGCCAAACAGACACUGAACAGAUAAGAGCCGGCUAUUCAUUGUUCAAUUCCAUUUUAUGUGCAUCUGUCUGGGACUACAGAUACCAUAUUGCAACUUCAAACAGGUCUUUGUGAAAUAAGAAAAAGUAGGCAUCAUUUCAUUUUCUCUCUGUCCCUCGCACAAAUUUAUCAGCGGAACUGUAUCUCCUCAGCCAGAGGAGUGAAAUGAGUAAAAUACUGAUUUCAAAGACUCAGCACACUGUGGUAUUAUUUGGUAUCGUCUUACCCUGCACACUGGCGGAUUGGUAGUGACAUUGUUCAAGCCCUUACGUUUUCCUUUCUUUAUUGUAGGGUGCUCCGCUUAGAUCAGAUUACUGCGGCAUCCAUAACUGUCUAGCGCCACUUAUUAAAUACUGAGAUGGUCCACAUGUUGUGUGUCAAGUUUCUAUAGUUGUCAGUCAAGGUUUAAAUACAUUCAAUAAUCUGAUAUCAACCUCUAGCUCCUUUUGGAAAAAGAAUCCCAGAGUAGACGGUAUAUCUCAUGCUGAGGCCAACCUGUUUUCACCUGUGUUGCCUCUUUUUCUCAAACUUUCUGUUAUUGAAAUCGUCGGUCUGUCAGAGCCUCUUUGUACUAAGAUAUCAAGCAUUUUUGUAAGCAAAAAUCAACUCAAAUGAAACUCCCAAAAUUUUCCUCGUGAAUUUCACAGGGCUAAAUAAGCCACUUUUGCAUGCUUCAGCGGCUGACAAAUCCCUUCACCCUGCUCCGACUGGAUCUGUCAUGAAUCGCGCCUUAGCAGAUCGUAGCUUAGAUUGGACUGUGUGCUUGUGUUCUGUGACACUGCUUCCCCCUGAUGCACUUCCAGGUUUACAUGAACAAAAAGCGAGUGACAGACGUGCGCUGUGCCAAGGACAUCUGUGUCAUCUUCGAGACGUCUCUUUGACAGCUUGGAGAGUCGCUGUGGCCCUCGUGCUCGCCAUCACUGACGAAAAUCUUUUACCAAAUAGAUUCCUUCCUGUGUAUUAAAAUGUCUUUAGACUCCCAGCAGUGUAGUAUGUGCUGCAUUAGAUUGGCGGAGUCCUUUGGUGUGGAACAGAAAAGAGGCACGAGGCAGGGUGUGCCUUUAUUGACAGCAUAUUACUGCAUGGCUGUUUAUUGAUUACACCCUGCUAUGUUUAUGUAUGUGUGUUCUGGCCUCUUGGGUAGCUUCAAUCCUGCACUUGUGCUCAAAAGAGUGCAGAUAUUGGAUGUGUUUAUCCUGGUGCAAUAAAUUAUUGGUGGCGUAAAUUAUUCUCAUAAGGCAAACAUUGUUUGGUAGGACUGAGGUCUUUUUAUUAUUCGGAAAAUGCUUGAAAAAAAAAA